AUGUUUAGGAAUGAAUUUAAUAUUUGUGAUGAGUGGUUUGAUGAGAAGGUAGAUCUUUUUUUCGAUAGGAUCAAAAAAUAUGGAUUAUUGGACUACUCAAUUAGAACUCGCAGUGAUAGGAUUUAUUGCAAUGAAAUAUUGCAAAACAGUACAGAAUUUAUUUUUCAAAUAAUUAAGAAUGAGGAAAAGGCAAAGAAAUAUGCUCCUAAGCGUGCAAAUGAGUGCUAUGAAGAGGAUGAGAUAGUUGAAACUAACACAAAUUCAGAAAUAGAUUUGGAGGACAAAAAUUCAAUUUUGAAUGAUCUGAAAAAGAGGUCUGAUAGUUACAUUUUCAAAAAUAUUUCACCAAGUUUGAAAGGUGAUGCAGAAUUUAUUUUACAAGCACUCAAAUAUUGUCCUGAUGCUUAUAUUUUGGAUUUUGUUGAUUCGACGCUGAAACAGGAUAGAGAAUUCAUUAAACAAGCUGUGAAGGUAAAUCCAUAUUCAAUUGCAUUUGCAAGCCAAUUUUUAAGAAAUGAUUUUGAAAUUGCUAAAGAAACACUGUUACUGAACGCAGAUUGUUUCAGAUAUCUAUCCUAUGAGUUAAGGUCAAAUGAGGAAUUGGCCAUGAUGGCUUUGAAAGAGUUACCAUUUCUUUGGACUUAUCUUAGUGAAGAUCUUUUUAACUGUGGAAUUUGCAUUGAAAGCCAUUGA